UUUAAAAAUUAGACCGCGGUCAGCUUGUUCAAAAACGAAUGGAGAGGACUGUAGCUAGCUACAUCAAUGUGUCGAUGAAUAAAAACACACAAACGUGAGUUAUUACAAGUGAUGGAUACGUGUUUGGACAAGAAACCAGAGAGAGUGGGGCCUAUAGUUGUUGAGGAUUUGAGAAAGGACUUGUUUGCUGAUUUUUCUGCAAUUGCAUCUGCUCUGCCACAGGAUUGUGUAUUAUUUGAGAAAGAGCAUCUGCGGGUCUACCUCAGGAUACGUCCCUUUACCACAGUAGAGAAUGAAAGUGGUGAAUCUCAGGAAUGUGUGUCCAUGGAGCCACCAGACACUGUUUUACUCAGGGCUCCUAGGAGCUCUUUAUCAACCAGACGACAAACUAGUCACGCAGAUGGUGACAAACCAGUCACUCAGAACACCCAAAGAUUUCAGUUUUCUCAGGUAUAUGGCCCUGACACUACACAGAGGCAAAUGUUUGAUGGCACAGUGAAACGUCUGGUCAGAGAUGUUCUAGAAGGAGGAAAUUCUAUUGUCUUCACAUAUGGAGUCACCAAUGCCGGGAAGACAUUCACAUUCCUUGGCCCUGAGAGUGAUGGUGGAAUUCUUCCAAGGUCUUUGAACGUGAUCUUCAACAGCAUCGAGGGCCGGGUCUAUGCACAGAACAACAUCAAACCACAUCGAUGCAGAGACUUCACUAGGCUCACAAAGGACCAGCAGGAUGAAGAGUCUACUAAUAAGCGAAACCUCAUGAGACUGUCAAAGGAGAGUGAUUUUCUGAAAAGCACGAUGAGCUCCACUUGCAGGUCAACAAUACUGGAGGGUUCCUCCUUGAGCGACAUCAGUGAUCAGGGGGAAGGAGACAGUUUCUGUCUGGAUGUGGACUCUCACACUAAAUACUCUGUGUGGGUUUCCUUUUGUGAAAUCUACAAUGAGAAUAUCUACGACCUACUGGAGCCCAUUCCUAAUGGCUCACAUAGGAGAACCGUCCUUCGGCUGUCCCAAGACAUCAAGGGAAACACCUUUGUGAAAGAUUUAAAGUGGGUUCAAGUAAAUAAUUCAGAGGAGGCUUACAAAGUCCUGAAGAUAGGAAAGAAGAACCAGAGUUUCUCCUGCACAAAGCUCAACAAUGUCUCAAGCAGAAGCCACAGCAUAUUUUCCAUUCGUAUCUUGCGGAUUGAAGAUGUUGGUAUACCCAGAGUCCACACAAUUAGCGAGUUGUCGUUGUGUGAUCUGGCUGGAUCUGAGAGAUGUGCAAAGACUCAGAAUAAAGGAGUGCAGCUAAAAGAGGCUGGCAAUAUCAACACCUCAUUGCUCACUCUGGGCAAAUGCAUCAAUGCUCUGAGACUCAACCAACAGGCAAAGUUCCAACAACAUGUCCCCUUCAGAGAGAGCAAGCUCACACACUACCUCCAGGGCUUUUUCUGUGGUAGAGGGAAAGCCUGCAUGAUUGUCAACAUCAACCAGUGUGCCUCCAUGUACGACGAGACGCUCAAUGUCCUCAAAUUCUCUGCCAUCGCCCAAAAGGUGGUGGUCCUCAACAUCAAACCAGUCCCUGCCAUUGCUCCAAAGAGAUCUGCCAGGGAUGUGUCCCUCAUCAUCAACAAUGCUGGCUGCAAGAACCUGUGGAGUAGGAGGGAGAGCUCCAUGGUGGCUUGGGAAACAACUCUAGAAGAUGUGCAGGAAGAUGGGGAUGAAGAAGAGGAGGAGGAUGAUGAUUAUGAAGAAGAGGAAAGUUGCGAUGAGAGCAUGGCAGAGGAGACCAUUCUGGAGGCGGGAGAAGAGGACAAGACGGUGCUUGAGGACUUCAAUGGCCAGUUUGCUCUGGUGGAGGAACUGAGGGAGAAACUUCUGAAGGAGGAAGCUGAGAAAUUGGCUUUGGAGUCUCAUAUCCGUGAAGAGGUCACCAUCGAGUUCAUGGAGCUAUUCUCCAAAAUGGAAAGUGAUUACAAUGAGCGUCUUUCCAAAGAGAGGGAGAUCAUCGAGGACAGAGCGGACAAGAGGUUGGAGAUCCUGAAGAAUUUAGUCAGCAAAAGUGUCAGCAAGUGUGCAAGUGUAACUGGUGAUGAGGAAAUGACAAAGGAGGAUAAGGUAGAGCUCUUGGAGGGGAUCAUUGACGCAAUGCGAGACGACCUGGCUAGAAUCAGGAGGGAUGCGGGGGAUGCGGAGGCUGCACAGACCUGUUUGGUGGACCUGCCUGAGUCUCCUGGCACUGUAGACAGCCUGAGGAAGCAAGUGGAUGACUUAUCAGAGGAGCUCCUCAAGACCCAGCAGCAACUCCACCUCAAAACAAAUGAAAUGGACGAAAUGAGCAUGGAAUUGAAACAAUUGUGCGGGCAGCUAGAGGAUGCGAAGGAGAAUUUGGAAUCUCAGACACGGACGUUUGAGGCCUUAAUGGAAAUCUGCCAUGAGAAAGAUGACAUGAUUACCAAGCUGCAGGAAGCAAUAGACCAGAAUAGUGAGGCUGCAACUAGGGAUGCAGCCUUUGUUGACUCCAUCAAGGAUGAGAUUCUGAGCUUGAAACAGAAUUGUAAGUGUAUGAGUCGGGAAAGUCCCAGUGCUGAGGAGGGCAGGAACCGCCAUGCUGAUGUCCUGGAAAACCUUGAUGAUCAGCCUGCCUUGAAGAAAGGGCGUCUUGAGGAUGAGCGUGUUAUUCUAGCAUGCGAGUUGGAGAAACUCCAGGCGGAAUGUCAUCAAAAAGACAUGACCAUUUCACAGUUAAAAGAAGAACAUGAGGUGAUGGUUCAGAAGUUGGAGACAGUCAAAGGAGAGAUAAAAAUAAUGAACGAAGACUCCGAUGAGCUCAAACGCAAGAAGGUUUCGUUCGAACAGAACUUACAGAAGCUCACCAACGAUUUGGAGGAGCAGACGGAUGACUGUGAAGCUGUGAUGUCUUUGCUGGAGAAAGAGAGGAAAGAGACAGCCAGGCUCUCUAAAGACAACAAAGCACUGGUCAACGGCAUCUUCCAGCUCCAGCAGACAUCACAGAAAGCGGAGUCUUCAGUGAAAACUCUCCAAACAGAACUUAUCGAACAGACUGAGAGGUCCGCCAAUCUUUUAGAGGAGCUAGAGGCAGCCAGAGCACUCUUGAAGGAGCUUGAAGACCAAUCUAACGAAAAAUCCAAAACCAUUGAAUCUUUGACUUUGGAAACUGAACGACUCCAGAAGGAAGUGGAGGAACUGAAGGUCUCUUCUGUGCAGAGGAAUGACUCAAAGUUUCAUGACACCAUAGAUGCCAUGAAAAGGGAGUGUGAGAGUGUGGUGGAACAGUUGCUCCAGAAGAGCCAGUGGAUAGCUGACCUGGAGCAGGAGCUCAACCAGGUCAGAGAGCAGCUCUCUGGACAGGAAGAACUCUGCAGCCAGCUGAGACAUGAGCUAGAGACACUGCGUUCAGAGGCACAAUUCAACCUGCAGGACUACGAAUUAGAGAAGGGGGCUUACAAUGAAAUUACGAAGAGUUACUCUGACCUCGAACAAAUGGCAGGCCACCUGAAGGAGCGAAUCGUGGACCUGGAGGUUCAGGUGCAGUCCUCUGGAGGCAGCUCUGAGAGGGUUGUGGAGUUGGAGAAGCAGCUGGCUGAGAGGGAGGCCCAGUGUGGAGCUCUGCAAGCGAGACUAGAGGUGGCUCAGCAGAAACUGUCCCAGGUGGAAGAAAGUCAUAUAAAUAAGUCCAAGGAGAAGGUGAUUGAAGACAUGCGUCUUGCACUGACAGAGCAGGAGAGAACACAAACAGAACAAGAGCAGAUUCUGGAGGCUAAGAUGAAAGAGAUUGAGGCUUUAAGUCGAGAGCUGAUGAGUUUGAAGGACAGUUGCCUUCCAAAAAACGUGAACAGUGCCAAGUUUUCUCAUGUGAUCAACUGUCCUGGCGAGAACGUGAAGCAGGAACGUCAGCGGACUGAAGAGCAUAUGAAGCUGGUUAAUGAGCAGCAUGAGGUGGAGAACCAGAAGUGCCUUGAAAAGAGGGCAAUUCUGAUGGAGGGAGCCGACGAGCAGGAGGAGAGUCGGUGCCCGGCUCCAGAUUUGAUGAGGGAGUGUCGAAAGGAGCUCUGCCGUAGCACGCUGCAGACUGAAAAGGUACUGGACUCCCCGCAGGUGUCCACAGAUGGCAGGCGAGAGCUUUGCUUCCCCAAGCUGGAGAGCCAGCUCACCCCUCUGCACCCCAACAAGCUGAACGUCCGGAGGCAGGGAGAGAACAAGUCUGUGAACAUCAAAAUCACCCGCUCAGCCAGGAAGAGGAAUAGCAACGAGAUGGAGAAGGGCCCUGUGGAAAGUGAGAACAAAAAGAAUAUCAAGUUGAGGGUGAACAACAGAGUGAACAUGCAGUCGCCGACAGUGCUCUGUGUAAAGACAGACCAGAACAAGCAAUGGACACCAGCAAGUCUGAAAGCCAAAAAGGAUGGAACGGUCCAGAAGAUUGGAGACUUCAUCCAGAGAUCCCCAACUCUGCUUGGGGGCGAAGCUAAGUCAAUUAUGGGGAUUGUAAAUGGAAGAUCUACCAAGCGAGAGAGAGCCACAUCAGUGAAACCGAAAAGGACCAAGAGGAAGCUGUACAAGACCGAGAUCUCCUCUCCUCUGGACAUCCCAUCUCCUCCGAUCAUUGGUCUUGAUCAAGAUGAGAAAGAAAGCGACCAUCUAAUUAUCAGGAGGCAGCUUAGAUCAAGAACAGCAAGGAAAUGACUUCGUCAACAGUGGCCAGGAGUUGAUAUUGCUUACUUGAUUUAAAAACUAUUGUUAGAAAACAAGCCAUGUACAUAUGUGAAUAUUUUCAUAUUUUGUUUCUCAUUCUUUUACAUUAUGUUUUAAACUCUUAUUUUUUAAAUUGAAAAUAGUAUACAGUGGGUACAAAAAAGUAUUUAGUCAGCCACCAAUUGUGCAAGUUCUCCCACUUAAAAAGAUGAGGCCUGUAAUUUUCAUCAUAGGUACACUUCAACUAUGACAGCUAAAAUGAGGGGAAAAAAUCCAGAAAAUCACAUUGUAGGAUUUUUUUAUGAAUUUAUUUGCAAAUUAUGGUGGAAAAUAAGUAUUUGGUCAAUAACUAAAGUUUCUCUCAAUACUAUGUUAUAUACCCUUUGUUGGCAAUGACAGAGGUCAAAUGUUUUCUGUAAGUCUUCACAAGGUUUCAUACACUGUUGCUGGUAUUUUGGCCCAUUCCUCCAUGCAGAUCUCCUCUAGAGCAGUGACGUUUUGGGGCUGUUGCUGGGCAACAUGGACUUUCAACUCCCUCCAACGAUUAUUUAUGGGGUUGAGAUCUGGAGACUGGCUAGGCCACUCCAGGACCUUGAAAUGCUUCCUACGAAGCCACUCCUUCAUUGCCCGGGUCGGUGUGUUUGGGAUCAUUGUCAUGCUGAAAGACCCAGCAACGUUUCAUCUUCAAUGCCCUUGCUGAUGGAAGGAGGUUUUCACUCAAAGUGUCACGAUACAUGGCCCCAUUCAUUCUUUCCUUUACACGGAUCAGUCGUCCUGGUCCCUUAGCAUAAAAACAGCCCCAAAGCAUGAUGUUUCCACCCCCAUGCUUCACAGUAGGUAUGGUGUUCUUUGGAUGCAACUCAGCAUUCUUUGUCCUCUAAACACGACAAGUUGAGUUUUUAUCAAGAAAUUCUAUUUUGGUUUCAUCUGACCAUAUGACAUUCUCCCAAUCUUCUUCUGGAUCAUCCAAAUGCUCUCUAGCAAACUUCAGACGGGCGUGGACAUGUACUGGCUUAAGCAGGGGGACACGUCUGGUACUGCAGGAUUUGAGUCCCUGGCGGCGUAGUGUGUUACUGAUGGUAGGCUUUGUCCCAGCUCUCUGCAGGUCAUUCACUAGGUCCCCCCGUGUGGUUCUUGGAUUUUUGCUCACCGUUCUUAUGAUCAUUUUGACCCCACGGGGUGAGAUCUUGCGUGGAGCCCCAGAUCGAGGGAGAUUAUCAGUGGUCUUGUAUGUCUUCCAUUUCCUAAUAAUUGCUCCCACAGUUGAUUUCCUCAAACCAAGCUGCUUACCCAUUGCAGAUUCAGUCUUCCCAGCCUGGUGCAGGUCUACAAUUUUUUUUCUGGUGUCCUUUGACAGCUCUUUGGUCUUGACCAUAGUGGAGUUUGGAGUGUGAUUGUUUGAGGUUGUGGACAGGUGUCUUUUAUACUGAUAACAAGUUCAAACGGGUGCCAUUAAUACAGGUAACGAGUGGAGGACAGGGAAAGAAGUUGUUACAGGUCUGUGAGAGCCAGAAAUGUUGCUUGUUUGUAGGUGACCAAAUACUUAUUUUCCUUCAUAAAUUCUACAAUGUGAUUUUCUGGAUUUUUCUUCCCCCCUCAUUUUGUCUGUCAUAGUUGAAGUGUACCUAAUGAUGAUAAAUUACAGGCCUCAUCUUUUUAAGUGGGAGAACUUGCACAAUUGGUGGCUGACUAAAUACUUUUUGCCCCACUGUACACACUAUAGGAAACAUGGCAAGUACCAAACUGUUUUGUAAAUGUACAUUGGAGACCCAGCCUGUGAUUGGAGCGCAGUAGACAAGGGACACAUUGGAGGAUGGAGUAUUGUUUUGUCCUGCUCUAAUGGGGCCAGAAGUGUAGAAUGUCGUGGUCAUUUAUUUUAGUGGCAGCCGUCAGGGGUGGUUGUCAUCUGAAGAGAGUAAAUAAUACAGCUCAUCUCUCACACCUUCUCUGUGGUGGGUCCCUGAGAGGUCCCACUCUCAAAGCCAGUCAGGUUCUAUCUCCAGUGGGCAAUUUAAUGGGACAGUUGCCAGUGUUUGUCUACGUCAUUGCUUGUUGUUAUUGAAAACAUGUCUCUGAUAAUUUUCUCUGCAUUGCCUGGCUGUUUUUUGUAAAUAAUAGACAAUGCAUUAGAAUUCAUAAUAGCCUACAGGAAUUGAAGUCUGGUUAAAGCCACUUCAAUAGAAAAUGGGGGGCAAGAUUAAGCAGAUAGACUUUCUGGUUCCUAAGCAACUUUGCAAUAUAUAUAUUUUUUGUAUAUUACUGCACUGUUGGUGCUAGGAACACAAGUGUUUCCCUACACCCGCAAUAACAGCUGCUAAAUAUGUGUAAGCGACCAAUAAGAUUUGGACCAUCUGUUUAGCAGGGUAUCAAGAGACCAUUGAUUUAUCUUGUUUACUCCCAUCAGCACUUUUUUUUUUUUACAGUUAGAUAGCAAUCUGUGUCUCAGGAUUCUGUGGGGAGAGACCAAGUAGAACAUCCUGUUGAGGGUAAACGUGCAGGUGAGAAGAGGGUAUGGAAUCUACUCAACUAUAUCACUAUGCUACAAAUUGAUGCAUCUAAUCUCUGAACUUUGCUUGUUAAAUUUCUACUGUAUCUUGUCCCAUGUCAACAGCCCUCUACAGUUGUCAAUGAAUAAGGAGACCACAAAGAAGAAACCCCACCAAGUCUGUCUUAAGGUUCACAUCCUUUUUGCCUGUCUUCCUUUAGUGUUCCCCAACUGCUCAGCAGUAAACGUUAGCAAAACAGUUGGAUAACAAUCAAACCAAAGUUUCUUUGUCAUGUGUGCCGAAUACGACUGGUGUCGACCUUACAGUGAAAUGCAAAUAGUCUGGGUAGCCGUUUGAUUACCUGUUCAGGAGUCUUAUGGCUUGGGAGUAAAAGCUGUUGAGAAGCCUUUUGGACCUAGACUUGGCGCUCCGGUACUGUUUGCCAUGCGGUAGCAGAGGGAACAGUCUGGCUGGGGUCUCAGAUUUUUUUCUUUUAGGCCAUUCCUCUGACACCGCAUGGCGCAGAGCAGAGCGACGACCACAGCAGCAUAGUAAAGACAUAACAUGACGGGUGGGAGCAUCUUAUUCUUACAUAAUUAGAGCGGGGUUGUUUUUCAUAACACUUUUGCAUUUAACAUUGUGGUGGGCCAAGGCAGGAAGAGCUGCGCUAUUAGCGCCCUGCACAUUUUUGUUUGUACAGGUUGCUUAUCUGUACAUUAUUGGUCUUGUGGGGCCAUCCUUCCAAUAGGUGAGACACCGGGUCUCCUGAAACUACUACAUUAUAAUGCCAUAUAUAUAUGCCAGUCCAAUUUGUUAUGCCUAGGGCUGUGGCGAUCACAAAAAUUUGUCAGCUGGUGAUUGUGAAGCAAAUUACUGUCGGUCUCAUGUUUAUUUGCCCGUUAAUUAACAUAAACACAUUUAGCAUCUCCUGGCUUCCACAAACAGCCUACAAGCCACAGAUGGAGACCUUUGGAACAUUACAUUUGAAAAUGUCUAAUAAAUCCACCUUCCAUUGUUUAUUUUAGACAGGUCUAAAGAAACAUGAUAAGACAAUGUAGUCUAGUUCAGAAGAACAGACCAGCAUACUCUUUGAGUUGUCCUGAUAUGGCUGUGGGCUACACUAGUUCAUUUAGCAGACAAGAUUUGGUUAGAAUUCCAUGGCAAUAUUUAAUAUUUUCUAGUAUGAUGAAUAGUAUUGAACAAAGGAAUCAAAUAGAAAGGAUAUUUUUGCAAAAUUAGUUGGGACUGCGCACAUGCGGCUGUUCUGUGUUGAGCAGUUAACAAAGAAAUAGAUACUGCUAUAUGCUUCAUUUAGAGUAAUUAAUGUAGGUUUAGCUGGGCUAUAUGUUCUGAUUUUUAAUACGUUGUAACACUGCAUGGUGCGAAUAAUGAUGAUUUGAAAAAAGUCUCUUGAAAGGCAUGAGCGCUGCUUUGUUUUUUUUACACACUUCAUCAGUUUCUCAUUCACAAUUUGACAAACUAGACAAUGCCUCGCAUUUCCCUUCGGCAUUCCCUUUGUGUGGCCUUAAUGCACCCUAAAAAAAAUCCAUGCGUUGUUCUCUUCUCCCUGAGUGCCGCGUACUCCGAAGCACCUCUCACUCACAUGGCCCUCCAUCACAUAAGGUCUUUCUCACAAGCUUCAAGUGAAGACGGACACUUUGGGGACGCAACUGCGUGUGUCCUUAUCCAAUUCCGAGGUGCAUAUUGGAGGGACUGUUGUCAUUUUACUUUUCGUCAGCCAACAAGAUGAGUAGGCCUAACGAACUGCAAAAGCACAACCC